AUGGAUUCCACACGCCUCCCCCGCCCAGCCUCCCACUCCUCCCUCCGUCCUCCAAGCACCACCAUCCCCUCCAAGCUCCCUGCACCGACCUCCUCUGUCCCGCCAGCUGCACGACUGAAACGGCCGACACUCUCCAGGCAACCAACUAGCGCUGGCCUGCGUUCCGACGGGCGAAUAACAGUCCCGGAGCCUAAUGUCAAGGCAGCGAUAGCGGGUACUGCAAAGGAAACCGAUGUGAUCAAGCCUGGUGUUGCCACUGGCGCAAGCGCACAACGUCGCUUGAUUCCCAGUCGAUCGACUUUAACCUUGCCCAAAACUUCAAGGCUCCCAUCUCCCUCUGCCAUCUGCUCGCCACCUAGAAAACCUACUCUCACUCACACAAAGACCGCUGCAGUGCCCCUGAGGCCAGCUGCCAGUAGCAACCCGCUGGGACCAAAGCGGACUGUCUCUUCCGUUGCGAGCUCUCUUUCUCUCAGAAGCAGAGUAGAUACCAGAAAAGCGUCGGACGGAAAGGAUGUUCAGAAGGCUGCUGUGAGGUCUCUGGGUAGAGUCGGGGGACUGCAGUGGCUGAGAGAUGCCAACAUGGGCCUGAGCACGCCAGCAGCUACCAACAGUCCUUCUCGUAUACCAUCAAUCACUACAAAUACAAAAACUCCUCCGUCUACCGCUGCUACCCAUGCCUACCCCUACACGCCCACCAAUCCCUUUUUCACCUUGCCUACCGAGACGCCCCUCCUUCCACGCUUGCGCAGCGCUGCUAGCCACACAAGCACCACACUGGGCUUCACUGGAGAAGCUGCCGAAGAUAAUUUAAUGGAUAUGGAUAUGAGUUUUGCGGACGAGGAUGGGUUGGGAGAUAGUUUGGGGGAGUGGAAGCCGGAGAGGGUGCCCGAGUAUCGGAGGCCAAAGUUUACGCCGAGGAGAGCGACGCCGCCUUCUACUUCCCAUAUCCGCAAAUGUCUGGCAGAGUCCAAGAAGGAGCUGCUGGGUGCGAAGAAGGAGCGCGAUGAGCUAGCAGGAAGGGUGGAGGAGCUACAGAAGGAAAAGAUGAAAAAGUCGUGGAGAGACGUCGCACAGGAAGGGGAGCUCGAGUUGGAGGAAGUGCGCCAGGCGAUAAAGCUCAUCCAACGUCUGAGAGUGGAGCACGGAUUAUAG